CUUUAUCUCUCUCUCUGUCUCUCUGCAAUACCUCAUUUUCUCUCUGUACACACUCUCUCUCUCAUCCCAAGCUCGAGAGAGACCUCCAUUUCCGUCGACGAUUCAAACCCUAGAAAUCGCUGAAGCGAAGCCUAUCGAAGGAUUGGAUUCCAGACUUGAAUCUGUUCUCUGUUUAGGUUGAGAAUUUAAAGGAUCUUGGUCCAAGGAGCAUUCUGUAUUGCAUCUACUACAUAGGGUGAAGUCUUGAGGUUGGCAAUUUGGUUGCUGGAGUGACGCUUAAUUAUCUAUAAGAGAAGUGUGCUUUCAUGAAUGCUAUAGUUUGUUUAAAUUAAGUACUAUUGUUGUUGGAUCUCAAAUGGAGUGAUGAAGACUUGACUUUGUUAAGUUAAUUUUUUUUAAAAAAUAAAGAUAAAAAAUUAGCCGCCAAAGUUUUGCGGGGUUGAACUAUCUAUGCCUGGCAACGAAGUUGGAGACAGGGUUCACAAUUUCUUUGCUCAAGACAACUUGUCCCAGGGCCAGGAUCACUCACAGGUUGUUGACGGUAGUUGGUCGGUGCUAAGUAACAAUCUGUGGGCUGGAAGCCAGAGACAUAUUGGCUUACCAAGUUCCAAUUCAAAAAAUUACAAUCUAGAGCAAGUGCCACAUGGCUUGAACUUCACGCAGUCGACUCCGAGGCCUGAGCUUGCUAAAAGCCACUCUCAAAGCCAGCAGCCAAAUCUGAAUGGCUAUAUUCAUGGACAUCAGAUUCUGCAAACAAGACAGAAUGAAGAGAACUUUUUGGGAGUGGAUACAGAAUCUGUUUGCCAUAAUAUAACAUCAAGAGGCUUAUCUAUAUAUGAAUCACAGCAAGGGAAUGGUCCUGAAAAUCAUACAAGCUCAGUUAGGUCAGAAUCAUCUGAAUCUCCUGUUAGUUUUGAUUUUUUUGGUAGUCAGCAACAGAUGAGUGGCCAGCAAACAGGCAUACUGCAAUCUUUGCCGAGGCAGCAGCCUGGAUUUAAUGACAUGCAGCUACUGCAACAACAGGUCAUGUUGAGGAAAAUGCAAGAGCUUCAGAGGCAGCAACAGAUGCAGCAACUAGAAGCAAGACAACAGAAUUCACUAAAUCAGAUUCCCUCCAUUACAAAACAGGCAUCUGGCAAUCAUUCACCUGCCGUAAUUAACAGCACUCCCAUUUCCCCCAUGGCGGAAGUGUCAAAAAAUCCUUGGGCAAAUGAGCCUACUGCAGGUAACACAAACUGGCUGCAGCGUGCUACUCCUGCUAUUGAAGGUUCCUCUAAUGGGUUUAGAUUUUCCCCUGAGCAAGGCCAGACACUGAGCUUAAUGGGUUUGGUUCCUCAACAGGUUGAUCAAUCUCUAUAUGGGGUUCCUAUUUCUAAUACAAGGGGCACUCCACACCAGUACUCUCACGUCCCACUGGAUAAGUCUCCAAUGCAGCAAAUGACAAUGUAUAGUAAUUCUUUUCCAGGUAAUCAAUAUGCUGGAUUCCCAGAACAGGUUAACAUGCAGGAUGGAUCUUUGGUUUCUAGACAGGGAUUUCAAGGGGAAAACUUGUUUACCCAUGCUUCUGGCCAAGGUCUCAAUAGUGGGAUGAAUUUUGAGAACCUCCAGCAAGUAAAAGCCCCACAAAGAAAUGCACCUGUUCAGGAGUUCCAUGAGAGGCAGGAGCUAGCUGGUCCAUCAGAAACAAUGCAGCAAAAAACAGUAAUGCAGGUUUCUUCUUCGCAGAAUGUGGUUGCCUUAGAUCCAGCUGAAGAGAAGAUUUUGUUUGGGGGUGACAAUAUAUGGGAUGCCUUUGGCAGUGGUGCCAACAUGGGGGCUGGCAGUGUUAAUCUGUUGAAUGGUACAGGAGAUUUGAAUGGAUUUCCGUCUGUACAAAGUGGGAGUUGGAGUGCUCUUAUGCAGUCUGCUGUGGCGGAAACGUCUAGCAAUGACACAGGGCUUCAGGAAGAGUGGAGUGGUCUUAGUUUUCAGAAUACUGAAGUUCCAGUUGGAAAUCGUCAGUCCUCAACUUACGAAGACAAUACGAAACAACAGACAGUUUCAGCUGAUAACAACUUGCAGAUUGCAUCGGCAUUGAGUUCUGUAUCUGUUCCCUUCUCUGAUGAUGCCAAUCUUAAUAAUAGCUAUCAGGGUGUCCCAGGCUUUCAGCAGUCUACACAGAAAUUUGCAUAUGAACAUGGUGAGAGGCUGCGGACGGAUUCUACUUGCAGGUCCAUUCAGCAGUACCCUGAAGAAGGAAGCAAGUGGUUAAGUCGCGGUCCUCUACAGAAGCCACUUGCUGAAGGGAAUCAGAUUUAUGGAAAUACUAAUGCUGAGAACAUUUCAGGAUCUUGGGCUCAUCAACAGAGUGUUUCCUCUUAUAACUCUGGCCUGCCACAUCAUAAACCCAUUGGUCGCAAUGACGGUGAGACUGUAUCACCUGGUGGGGAUGCAGUGGCGAAAAUGCUUGGGAGUGAAAACAAAUUGCAACGUUCUCACAGUAACAAUCAUAAGAGAAUGAUGCAUGAGGAAAUGAGUUAUAGUGGUCAUAUAUGGAAUUCUGGUCCCAAUUCAACUGGCGGACAGGAGCAUGUAAAAUCUGCCAUGGAAAAUCCACAGGUGAACAGAGAGGACUCGAGUUUGAAUGAUCUUGCUGCAAUAACAAACUCUAGCACUGCAAGGGCGAGCCAGGAAACCAGCCAACUACUUCCCAAUAGUCAUCACCAUAAUUACUGGAAACAUGCUGAAUCUUCAAUGAAAAGCAAAGGAAGUGAGGAUUCAGGGAAGUUCCAGCAUCAUCUGAACAAUGGCCCCCGGGUUUUGGGGUCGUCCAUGAACAGCUCUGGUAAGGAUGCAGUUAAAACGCAUGAGACAGAGAACUGUGAUAGAAAAGAGAAUUCUAGUGACAGCCAUCGCUCUAACUUAUCCCAGCACACUACCACUGGUGGUUUAAGGGAAAAUGUUUGGUCAGAUGGAAAUGAUUCACGGAAUUUGCCUGGAGGCAAGCAAAAGUUUUCUGGUCCAGCUAGAAGGAGAGCUCCUGGUCCUCACAAAUUUCGGAACUUGGAUGAGGAUGUUCAACCUUCUUAUGAAGUGAAACAUGCUACCCAUGCACAGGUCAUGUCGCAGCAGAUUUCUAGAUCAUCAUAUAGUCCCAAUCAGGGGUAUUUUGGGCAGUCCAAAUUUUUUGGUCAAUUCCCUGAAACUUCUACUGAAAUGGAAAAGGGUAAUUCGCCUGAUCAAGGAAACAAAAAGGGGGAAGAUGAUGCACCCUCGGGAGACGACCCUCCAGGUUUUGCACCUAAUACUUCUGCUUCCUUCGACAGAUCUGUUAGCAUACACGCACCAAAUAAGGCUGCUCAAUCAAGUCAAAAUAUGCUUGAGCUUCUUCACAAGGUGGACCAAUCCAAGGAACAUUGCAAUUCUGAUGGAUCUGUUGGUCCCCUUCAGCAAAGUCAGUCUUAUGCCUCUCAUGGCUUUGGUUUACAACUUGCACCUCCAUCACAAUGGUUGCCUGUCCAAAACCGUGCAUUGCCUAAGCAGAGUGCACAGACAGUCAGUUCUCUUAGUUCGUGUCACGCCACUCCUGAUAUAAGAGAAAAGGGCCAUACAUGGUUGGCUUCCACAGCUCAAGAACAAUCUUCACCUUCUUCCCAAGGAGAAUUCAAGGUUAAUAAAAUUGGUAUGCCAGACCGAACUGGCAGUGAAGCCUCACAGUAUGGUAUGCAGGGAAACUUCUCUUCAGCGUUGACUUCUGGUUUUCCCCAUUCAAGAAUUCAGCUUCAAAAUCAACAAAUGAUUGGUCCAAGCGGACACACAUUGGAUCCCACUGAUAUCAAUCAUUCGCACGAAAGAGUCUCUGCCCUGCAAAUUUCAGCGGGGGCUGUGCCAUCCUCGCAGCCUUUUAUUUCACCUGGCAUAUCUCAACAAGCUGAAUUACCGAAAAUGGUGCCUAAUGCAUGGACCAAUGUUCCUGAUUGGCAGCAUUUGUUUGGUGCCCAAUCUAACAAAUUUCCUGCUAGUACUUUCCAGCCCACUCAAUCAAAUAAUAAUUUGGUAUCAACUUCAUCCUCACCACAGGAUCAAGAUGUGCAAAGAGGGAAUGGCCCAUCUGAGUUUGAUGCAAAUUGUAUGGAUUCACAAGGUUUUGUUUGUGGGGAAGGGAAAGAAUCUGUUGUCAAGAAUCUGUCGGAUACCUCUCCUGCAAAUUCUGCCACGACUCAGAGAGAUAUUGAAGCCUUUGGUCGUUCUUUAAAACCAAAUAAUCCUUUGCAUCAAAGUUACUCUUUACUGCAUCAAAUGCAGGCCAUGAAAAGUACAGAGACUGAUCCAAGUAAUAGGGGCUUGAAGAGAUUGGAAGGAGCAGAUAGUGGUCUGAGCUCUCAAAUGGCUCUCAGGUCUGGGCAGUCAAGUGAGCAGAGUGUCUUGGCUGGAGAUUUGUUAGUUCAGCGUGGUGUAGCUCCAUCUGGAGACUCUAAAAUGCUAAGCUUUUCAGGGCCAGCAGAUAAUUUGGAAAGAAAUGUUUCAUCUCAACUUGGGAAUGGACCUUCUCAGGAUGCACUUGCCUAUGGUUGGAAGGAUUCUGAGAAUGACUCUCAUAGUAAUAAUACAGCUUCUGUUAGAGCUGAUCAUUCUCAGAUUAGUCCCCAGAUGGCGCCUUCCUGGUUUAAUCAAUUUGGAACAUUUAAAAAUGGGCAGAUGUUGCCAAUGUUUGAUGCACGGAAAAAUGCCACUGUAAAGACUAUGGAACAACUGUUCACACUUGCAAAGUCUGCUGAUAGUUUUUGUGCACCAAAUUCAUUGGACCAAGUGAAUGCUACUGCUGAUUCAAAUCAGAUGGGUAAUGUCUGGCAAAGGUCAACACCGGUUGAGCAUUUCUCUUCUGCCCUGUCAUUAGCCCAGGAUGUGCUGGAUCGAAGUUUGGUUGUUGCGAGGCCAAAGAAACGGAAAAAUGCUACAUCAGAGCUUCUUUCUUGGCAUAAAGAAGUGAUACAGGGUUCUCAAAGGCUUCUGACUAUAAGCAUGGCAGAAGCUGACUGGGCCAAAGCAGCAAACCGGCUAAUGGACAAGGUGGAAGAUGAAGCUGAAAUGAUUGAAGAUGGACUACCCGUGCUCAGACAUAAAAGACGUCUUAUCUUGACAACACAGCUAAUGCAGCAAUUAUUUCAUCCUCCCCCUGCCGCUGUUCUUUCUGCAGAUGCCAGUUCAAACUAUGAGACUGUGGCUUACCUGGUUGCUAGACUAGCGUUAGGGGAUGCAUGCAGCCCAAUCCCAUGCUCUGGAAACAAUUCAAGUGUGCCUCUUGACAGCUCAAACCUCUUGUUGGACAAUCGUAAAACAUCAGAGAGAAUUGGUGAUGAGCAUCUCUCUAAAGUUAUGGAAGACUUCAUUGGUAGAGCAAGGAAGCUAGAAAAUGAUUUUGUGAGAUUGGACAAGAGAACGUCAGUCCUAGACUUGAGAAUUGAAAACCAAGAUCUUGAGAAGUUUUCCCUGAUCAAUCGUUUUGCUAAGUUCCAUGGCCGUGGGCAAGCUGAUGGGGCCGAGUCCUCAUCGUCCUCUGAUGCAGCUGCAAAUAAUUCUCAGAGACCCUGCCCUCCCCUGAGAUACGUUACUGCUCUACCAAUGCCUAGAAAUCUCCCAGACAGGGUACAAUGUCUUUCACUUUGAUCAUUAAUUAUUAAUUUAUUUGUCUCCCUUUCUUGGUCAACUUUCUCGUGUCCCUCUUGUUUCUAUGAUCAUUUAGAUCAACACCAUAGAAAUGGAUAUACUAGAUUUGUCUCCUUUGAAGGAAUCGAGGUCGUUCGAUAUUUUUCCAUCUAGGCCAUUGGUGUAGUCAUUCUUGAUAAAUGUAAGUUCAGUCCUUUGUAAAUCUCUGAAAUUUAACCGAUACUUUUGGGGUGCCCCAUCAUUUUUGCAGUAAAUGGGCUGAGGAAUAUAAGUGCAAUCUAAUAUUUUGAAGAUGUUUUCACCUAUUUAGUCAA